AUGAAUUCAGCCCAGAACAACACCUCAUCUUUCAUUCUGACGCCUGAGCCAAAUAGGCUCAGGUUCUUUUUUCUCUUUUUUUCAAGUAUUACCCAUUUUAUCAACUAUCGGGACCCUCUGGCGUCAACCAACACUCAUCCGGAAAUAGCACGUCCUGGAAAUACACUUUUACAUGCAUUAACUUCUUUCUGUUUACUGACAUGUCAAGUCCAUUCGUCAUCGCCCAACUCGCAUGUCAAGUCCAUUCGUCAUCGCCCAACUCGCAUGUCAAGUCCAUUCGUCAUCGCCCAACUCGCAUGUCAAGUCCAUUCGUCAUCGCCCAACUCGCAUGUCAAGUCCAUUCGUCAUCGCCCAACUCGCAUGUCAACUCCAUUCGUCAUCGCCCAACUCGCAUGUCAACUCCAUUCGUCAUCGCCCAACUCGCAUGUCAACUCCAUUCGUCAUCGCCCAACUCGCAUGUCAACUCCAUUCGUCAUCGCCCAACUCGCAUGUCAACUCCAUUCGUCAUCGCCCAACUCGCAUGUCAACUCCAUUCGUCAUCGCCCAACUCGCAUGUCAACUCCAUUCGUCAUCGCCCAACUCGCAUGUCAACUCCAUUCGUCAUCGCCCAACUCGCAUGUCAACUCCAUUCGUCAUCGCCCAACUCGCAUGUCAACUCCAUUCGUCAUCGCCCAACUCGCAUGUCAACUCCAUUCGUCAUCGCCCAACUCGCAUGUCAACUCCAUUCGUCAUCGCCCAACUCGCAUGUCAACUCCAUUCGUCAUCGCCCAACUCGCAUGUCAACUCCAUUCGUCAUCGCCCAACUCGCAUGUCAACUCCAUUCGUCAUCGCCUCGCAUGUCAACUCCAUUCGUCAUCGCCCAACUCGCAUGUCAACUCCAUUCGUCAUCGCCCAACUCGCAUGUCAACUCCAUUCGUCAUCGCCCAACUCGCAUGUCAACUCCAUUCGUCAUCGCCCAACUCGCAUGUCAACUCCAUUCGUCAUCGCCCAACUCGCAUAUCAACUCCAUUCGUCAUCGCCCAACUCGCAUGUCAACUCCAUUCGUCAUCGCCCAACUCGCAUGUCAAGUCCAUUCGUCAUCGCCUAACUCGCAUGUCAAGUCCAGUCAUUCAUCUUUCAAUUCAGUCAGAGAUAUCUGCGGGAAAGAGCGAGAGAAGAAAUUCAUAUCAUUCAUCUUUACUCUCUAUUUUUUCAUCCUUCCUUCCUUACUCUCUAUUCGCCCUUCCUCCCUAUUCACCCCUCCUUCCUUCCUUUCUAUUCACCUCUCCUUCCUUCCUAUUCAUUUUUCUUUACUCUAUUCAUUAUUCCAUCCUUACCCCCCUCUCUAUCCAUCCUUACCUCCCCCUCUCUAUCCAUCCUUAUCUCCCCCUCUAUUUAUUCUUACUAUCUUUCACCUUAAUUGCUCAUUUCCUUUUUUUGCUUAAACUUCAUUCUCCUAAUGGCGUCCAUUUUCCUGUCUCCGUCUCUUCUGCAUCUACUAUUCUUUACUUUUUGAGCUUCAUUACUUUCUCCAUUAGAUCGUUCGUGCUUUCAUUCAGCGUUUCUUUCUUUCCUUCCCCGCUUUCUUUCUGGAGUCUACAAGACGAUUCACAAAAAAGCAUGAGAUCUCUUUUUAGCUCCAGUGCAGCGUCUUCGAUAGGCGAGCACCUGCCAUCUUCGACAUCUAAUCCAAUCGGCACAUGCUUACAAGCUCGGCAACGAUGCUCGCGGUCGACAGCGACAAAACCAUGA